AGAAACAUCGGCAAAAGAUCUCUCUGCGGUUGCUCUUGAGGCCCAAAAAAACGUUCAGGGACUUGAGGCAAGUUAUCCUCGCAUGUCAGAAACCCUCGCACGGCUCAACAGCGAAUGUAUUGAAACAGAGAGCGAAAUGAAGGCUCUUUGUGGAAAGAUGACGGUGAAUGUUUGCGGGAAUAAGCUUAGGACUCUAGAAUCGAGUACUCGAGCUUCGUUUCGAGCUCUCUUGUCUGAGAAACAGGUAGAGGAAUGGCGCAAAAAACUCGACAGAAUCCGUACUCAAGUCACCAUGAAUGUCUUGAUGUGCCUUUGGGAUGAGGCCAAGGAGACGCGUGAACGAACAGAGGGCAUUAAUGGGGGGAUGAAAUCUUUGGUUGAACUCGUGUGCCGGAUUGAAACCACAAUGAAUCUGUUGCAAGAUGACUUGCGGGGAAUAUCAACUGGUGGGAAUCUGGAAGGCACUACGAGACAGGCGAGGAUUGCUGAUGCAGUUUGGGCGUCAAGUGGGCUCAUUGACCUGCCUGAUCAGAAUCAGUAUCAAAAGGCUACCCCAUCUCCCAUCGCAACAGACCAGAAAACUAUGUGCACAAAGAUUCUGGCCAGUCUUCGGUUUGAAGGUAUGACCGACCGAGGGGAAAGAAUUGCACCCGCCUAUCCAGAUACAUUCAAGUGGCUCUUCAACGAUGAACAAGAUGUUAGCCUAGGUAAGAACUUUAGGCAGUGGCUGCAAUCAGAGAACAAGGAGAUUUUCUGGAUCACAGGCAAACCGGCGUCAGGCAAGAGCACAUUGAUGAAAUUCAUCUCCACCCACCAAUGUCUACGUAGUGACCUCUACAAAUGGGCGGGUGGGUCUCACUUUUUUCUUGCCACUUUCUACUUCUGGGGUCCCGGAUCGAAAGCUCAGAGAUCACGAGUUGGUCUCCUCCGGUCCCUGCUUUACCAGCUCCUUUCUCAGCAACCAGAUCUUUGUCCUCUUGUUGCCCCCAGAAGACGAAUCUUGUUUGACCUUGCGGGAAUCGACGCAGUGUCGCCGGAUUGGCAGUGGACGGAGUUGCGUGAAUGCCUGCUGAGGUUUGCGUCCAACAUACAGCACAAGAUGCCCUUAGUUCUCUUCAUCGAUGGGCUCGAUGAGUAUGACGGAAACCAUGAAGAACUGGUUGCAUUUUUCAAGCAGCUACACCGGGAAUACAACCCAAAGCUUUGCAUCUCCAGUAGACCGUGGAAUGUCUUUUCGGACGAGUUCAGAUACAACCCUUCCUUGAGGAUGGAAGAUCUUACGAAACUCGACAUCGACAUUUAUAUUAAGGGACGUCUUGGAAGCAGUCAUGGGAUCCAGGAACUACGCCAAUUGGAGCCAGAGAGCAUCACUAGACUGAUGGAGGAAAUCAGAGAUCGGGCCGAAGGAGUGUUUUUAUGGGUUGUUCUCGUGGUCCAACAACUUCGCACCACAGCCCGGGACAGCCCUCGUCUUCCAGCAAUCUGGAAAGCUUUCAACGCUCUCCCUCGUGGCCUUGAAGAAUUAUAUGAAGCGAUACAGCGCACAAUCGGAGAGUCGAAGCAAGAAAUGGCGUCCAAAUUAUAUCAGCUCGUCAUGGAGUGGAAGCGGACGUGGAACGGUCAAAUACAGGCGACGUUGCUGUGGUGUGCCAUUGACUGUACGGAGCCACUGCAGCCCAUAUGGUUCCCUGGACCGUCUCGCGAAAAUUCAAUAAUACCACUCGUCAGCAGAUUCCUUGCCGGGCAUACGAAAGGCAUAUUGCAGGUUUCAGCAAAGUCCCGUCGUUCGAGAUCCCCGACUGUCGACUUCCUCCACCGGACCGCCUUCGAUUGGCUUCAAAUGGAAAGAAACUCGGUCAAAAUACGCUCUCAGGGACCACAUGGAUUUUACCCAAUCCUGACUCUGAUUGCUGUUUUGGUUGGCCAUCUUCAACGUCUUGGGCCGCCAAAUAUGGAGACCCCAACUUAUGCAGACUUUCGGAGGCAGUGCAUCUUCCGAAUUCUUAAAUUCGCCAGGGAGGUUGAGAACACAGCCGAGAAUAGAGCCAAACUGGUGACGAUCCUGGACCGUAUCGAGUCAAAAAGGCUUUUGCCUGUUGAUCUCGAGCCGAUGUUUCGUGAUACAUUCGUCUCCACCAGCAACCGAACAGUUCAUAAUGGCCUUGUAACUUUCGCUGCGGCCUGGGGUUGUCUUCCGUAUGUCCAGGCAAAGUGCGACGCUAGUCCCCAUAUUCUGCAGGUCAAGCGUCAGUCCAUAUUACCAUGGAUCUUUUCGAAGCCCCCCACGCCGAUAUCCCUGCUUGAAGCUUCAGUGCUUGGAGGGGUCAAUUUUGGAAAGCACAAGGAUGGCUGGUUCAACGAAGCAAGGGGUUUUACUCAACUGCAGACAUCACAGCGGCUGGAUACCAUUAGGUUCCUUCUUGACAACAAUGUCAAACCGGACAAUCAUUUGAAAAAAUCCAUGAAGAAACUGACCGAUGCGGCCAGCAUCGAAGGCGACUAUGAAGACAGAUACUGGACUCUCGUGGACAAGAUGUUUGAACACCGCUCCAGCAUUAUUGGUGUUGACGGGAUGAAACACAGACUCUUGUCGGGCAUUGAGGAGCCGCACCUUGGGGAUGAGUUUCCAGAGUUUGAAAUCAGACCGGACUCGUGGUGGGAUUCAGGAAUAUUUAGUGUCGAUAACUUGACUAGCUACCUGAGGAAGUUUUGCUGAAUACAUGAUAUCAGGCUACACAUUGCUCUCGAACUUGCAGCUGCAGAUUGUCCCCUUCAUAACAGAAUCGUCACAAUCGCCUGUGAAGGAGAAGUU